AUGCGCAGUGAGCUUUUGCUUCGUUAUUUCCGUGUUGUGGAGCUGUCAGCACAGUGGGGAGGAUCGUCACACACGGUGAGUUCGGUUAAAACGCUCGGUUCCGGUGCCGACCCCGCGGACCUCUCUCCGCCCGGGUCUCCGGAGCCUCUCAGCGGCUCUCUGCUUCUGCUGAGGCCGCGUUCAGGGGCUCGGAGGCCGGCUGAGUGA